AUGGCUUCUGCAAGCUCCGUUCGAUCUAAGUUAUGGCGUGAAAAGCGAAAGGACAAUACAGAAUUUAUGGAACGGGAAAGGGAAAGAAAACGACAGGAAAGACGAAAACGUUCAGUGGAGAAAAAACAACAUGACAAAGAACUCUGCAAGAAACGCCAAGAAAAAUUUCGGGAAAGGAAGCGGAAGUUGGACUCAAAACAGGCUGUCUCCGUUAUAAAUGUAAACGAAGUUAUUGAUGAAACCGGAGGUCAUACUACAGCCUUGGAGACAUUUAUAUCAAAUUAUACUGAUUUGGACUCGAAUCCAUCAUUUGAUCAACACCAAUCGGCGAUAGAUUCUAAAUCAUCCCAAAGUAGCGAUGUUGAUGACAUGGGUGACGAUCAAUGUCUUGCCAUUCUACUUAACCUAUGUAGUGACAGGCCGGCCGAAGGAACCGCAUCUCUGCAAAGAAAUUUAGAAAAUAGAACAGAAAACGAAAGCAUCAACAUAACACACGAUGGUGCACGACGAGCUUAUUUUCAAACAUUACAUACGGUGCUGUCACAGACUACUGACUUUGACGACAUGAAGAGGCUAUGUAGUGCAUAUUCGUUACUUGUUGAGCAAAAAUUUCCAAUAAAAGACCUACCAAACCUUGAUGCAAAGGAUUACCAACUGGAUAGCGUCGCCUCUUGUUUGUACCCAUAUGAUGAUGCUCCAAAUGCUUUCGUACCAAUACAAAUUCUCGGGGACGGAAAUUGCUUACCAAGAAUUGGCAGUUUGUUUGCUUAUGGGAACGAGACACAUCACGUCGAAAUAAGAGUAAGGAUAUGUAUGGAAUUAUGCCAGUUUGAGGACAGCUACUUGGAAGACUCAUAUUUGAACAGAGGCACUGAUAACCCAUUUGAAGACCUCGCAAUGACCUUAGCGUUGUAUACCGAUAUAUACGUCCCGACAAACAAUGACGUAUGCCGUUCUACCUUCAGACAAUACGCGAAGGAUGUACUGAAGAUUAACAGUUUUUGUAGCAUGUGGAGCAUAUUCGCGCUAGCUAGUGUUCUUGGUGUACAGAUAUUUUCCAUUUACCCAUCUUACGGUGGGUACAAUGUGAGGCAGCAUCUUCAUCGUAUACUCAUGCCCCGACAAUUUCGACAGGGCGAUAGACGAAUUAUUCACGUCAUGUGGACUAACACAAUGGGGAAGCAACACAAUCCCAGUUCGUGGACUCCGAAUCACUUUGUUGCUGUCUUGCCAAGAAAGGAAGCUGUGUACAAUUCAACAACGCAAAAGCAGUUUGCAGGAGUGCAAGUCGACCGAUGUCAUUUACAUCCUGAUGAAGAGCUUGUCUACCUGUGUAAGACGUGUAAUGAAUUACCCUUAUGCUACAAAUGCCAUCUAGAAGGUCAUCAUAGUCACAACAUGAUUGAUCUAAUAGCAUAUCUUGCUGAAAAGGAAAGGGAGUAUUUGAGGAGAGAAACAUCUCAACAUCAGGAAAUGAUACAGGAACACAAGGAUAAUAUUCUGUAACUGAAAAGAGAAAUUAACAUAAGAAAUAAGUUUUAUAAGGAACAGUUGGUAAAAUGGACCGAUGUUCAGAAUGAGAAGGUGUCUGAAAAUGAGAGGAAACUGAAGACAUUUGAAUCCCAAUUAGAAAAUCUAGCAUUUUCCCCAGAGAGCAAAAACAGUGAAUUAAGGAUGCAGCCGGUAUCCGAAAGACUUUUAACACUGUCUAAGAAACCUAGUCAACUUAUUAUGACAGAUGAAUAUCCACUUACGAAACUUGUUUACCCUACGGGACCUGUCCAUCUCUUAGAAAAGCUAGGAACCCUUACUGAGAUUCCUUGCCAGAUCAGUAAUGAAACAGUUGGCGGAUUCAUGACAGCAACCACUGAAUCAGGAUCAGAAACAUUUGUAAAACAACCUGAUCGAACAGUGUCAGCUAUACCGACGUUCGGAGAUGUGUAUCCGCCGUUGCGGUUUGCGUCCAACGAUGUAAAGACGUUGACAAAUAGUGAUAAGCGUUGUUACAUGGAUGUUUUAGGGGGCAAAAGCCCGACAUCCUCAAAUGACCAUCAACCAAACAAUGGUGACUUGUGCACAGAUCAAGUAAUGCAAUCAAUGGCACAAAAUGAUACCAUUACAGACAUAUGCCAUGAAUACAAAGUAAAUCCCGCAACGGCCAAAGUUUGGGAAAAGGGACUGUCACGUGAUACUGCCAUUCCUAUCGGAAAUACAGACCGGACCGGUGCACAUAUUGCAACUGAUUACCAAGUGAUUAAUAUUAUUGAGAAGGGAGAAAAAUGUUGCAUAACAAUUGACAAUGUGGUUACAAAACAUGUUGUGCUGCCAUAUUCAGCUAAUGGCUGGUGCAGGUUAUACUGCGUAGAUUCCGCAGUGUGUGUAUUUGAAAACAUAAUGAACAUCUCUACUACAGAGACUGAGUUUUGUGAGUGUUUGUCACCUAUUGACUACACUGCUUGGUAUGCAUGUCAUGAAAAUGAUGGUGAUUUUAGUAUUAAACGAUCGACAUCACCAGAGAAGUUUGAAACUGUGUUCACGGUCAAAGAUCAACCGGAAAGUAUAUGCGUGACAAGAGACGGACGCGUACUUGUUUCCGAGAUGGACACCCGACAGCUAACACUUUAUAGCACAACAGGAAAUGUUUUAUUACAUUCUGUGGUAGAAAAUGACGUUGCUAUUGAUACAAAUGCGACACGUAUCAGGGAAUGUCCACAAACAAAGGAUAUAGGCAUCCUUUAUGCACAAAAAACAUCAAAACAAGUCGUUGUAUAUGGCGGUUUGUUGACCAAGAGAUGUGUAAUUGAUGUUGAUUUAUCUUUAGACAUCAAUGAUUUUUGUUUUGACAGACGUGGUAAUAUUCUUCUAUGUUAUGAUCAUAUCAUCCAAAUGUUCGAUCAAGGAACUGGAAAGUUUAUCCGAACUGUUUGUCAAGACGACACUGCAUAUUUUUGUGCCUGUGAUGUAAAUGAUAAUGGGAUUAUGUGGGUAAUCAAGGAUCGGCGGGACCUCAAAGCCAUUCGUUUAUACAAUCGAAAGUUGCAGUCGAUGUGA